AGUCCCUUCCGGCAAGUGAACGCUGGGAUGGCGCUGAACCAGCAGAUGGAAUUUGCCCUCUGACAUGUGUACUGGUCCACUUCCUUCGAAGACACACAAAUCUACGUCCAUUUAGCCUGAGAAGAAUGGUUAUUGUCAAUGGGUGUGAGCCGGCUUGAUGUUCUUUACAGAAGGCUUCUCCUCACCAAACUCUUUAUGCAAGGGUGGGGAAAGCCAGAAGACCUGAAAAGAAUUUUUGAGUUCCGGAAACUCAUUGGUAACAGGGAGAGAGGCGGGAAUCUAGUACCCAAGGAUUACCCGAUAUUUACUGACAAAGUAGAAGACCAGACUGAUUGCAAAAUUCACAACGGUCAUUUCAUAUCACCGCUGGAGCACUUCCUCCCAGGCGUCCUGCCAACAGAAUCCGUCAAAGCCCGAUUCCAGUUCAUUGUACCUAAGAAAUGGAAGAGGCACAGGCCGGUCUGUAUCCACCUGGCUGGAACAGGAGAUCACUUUUUCUGGAGAAGACGAACACUAAUGGCUAGACCAAUGGUAAAGGAAUCUGGGAUGGCUUCACUUCUGUUGGAAAAUCCAUAUUACGGAUACAGGAAACCUAAGGACCAACUGCGCUCCAGUUUGAAGAAUGUAUCAGACUUGUUUGUGAUGGGUGGGGCUCUUAUCCUGGAAUCUGCCGUUCUGUUACACUGGCUGGAGAGAGAGGGUUUCUGGCCUCUGGGGAUGACUGGCAUUUCAAUGGGAGGACAUAUGGCAUCAUUAGCUGUAACUAACUGGCCCAAACCAAUUCCACUGAUUCCUUGUUUGUCAUGGACUACCGCCUCAAGUGUUUUUACCACAGGUGUUUUAAGUAGAGCUGUGAAUUGGAGAGAACUUGAAAAGCAGUAUGCUGCACAUACAGUGUAUGAGGAAGAAAUCAUUAACAUGCUGGAGUAUUGCGGGACAGACUCUUUCCGGAUGGGCCAGGAAUUCGUGAAAAAUGCCCCAGGCAGCUUCGACAACCUCUCAGACCUGGAUCUCACCCAUGACCUGUUUAACCUCCGCUCACCAGAGAGGGACCAGAUGGGGCUACGCUCCUCGGCCUCGUGUUCUGGACGUCACACCUCAGACUCGACCCUGCUGAUACGUCGGAGAGACCGAGAUGGAUUUGAUCAGAUGCUGUCUGCUGUGAGCAGCAGCGGGCCUCAUUUAGACAUGCUACAUGCUAAGAGCAUCACGUGCGGAUCGGGCCAGCGGCAUUCGCUUCAGAGAGAAUCACUGUGCUUCAUGAAGGGAGUUAUGGAUGAAUGUACACACAUUGCUAAUUUUUCAGUGCCUGUAGAUCCCAGUCUGAUCAUUAUAGUCCAGGCGAAGGAAGAUGCUUACGUUCCCCGCACUGGAGUUCGCAGUUUACAGGAAAUCUGGCCUGGAUGUGAGGUUCGCUACCUCAACGGUGGCCACGUUAGCGCUUAUCUUUUCAAACAAGGACUGUUUCGGCAAGCAAUUUACGAUGCCUACGACCGGUUUCUUCAGAAGUAUUCCAGCUAAUAGCCAAGGGCAUGAAUUGUGGCGUUUUGAAAGUCUGAUGACAAAAAAGGAUAAAUAUGAUGGCCGUGAUUUUUAUGCAGCAACUCAAACUAAAAUCCUGGUGCUAACAAAGAGAGGCAGCGUUUGUAUAUCUGGUUUCACCUCAGUACUCACAUAAAGCCAUUGUACACUUGUACACAACCCAUACAAACCCUCGUCUUGCUGACCUUACUGCCUUUGAUUACGUGUAUCAUGAUCGAGACUGAACACGAGACAAAGAUGUGCCUCCAAAAAUGAAUUCACUCAAAACAUUAAGGUUUUCUUAAAAAAUACUGUGUUUUGAAUUAUAGGUUAAAUUAAUGUGCAAGCACCAAGAUGUAUUGAUAUUUUUAACCGUUGUGUAUUUCCUGAACAGAUUACAAACUGUUGCAAUCCAUGGGUUUGUUUCACAAACGUCAUCAAUUUUGGAGCACAAUGUAAUUUUUACAGAAAAUCAAGAGCAAAAUUUGUCCUGUUUUUAUAAAAUAGUGCAUCUCUGAAAUGGCAUUGUCAUCUUGUUUUAGAGCUGAUAAAGUCUGACAUUUCCAGUUCUUGAAUCUUCAGACAUUGGUAUUACAGGUCAGGUGCUGAUGGCAAGAAAUACAUGAACACAAUUCAAAAUACACAUUCUGUGAAAUACAUUCUUUUCAAAUUCAAUAUCUUUCUUUCUUUCUAAUCACUGCCAAAAAACCAGUCAAGACUGAAAUAUUUGUGUUCACUGUAUUCAUCAUGAGCUAUUCAUAUUUCUCCACUCUAAAAU